AUGGAAGUGACUGAUUCAUCUUUACCAUCUUAUGCCUCAGUUUCAUCUUCUUCUACUCCUGAAUUAAAUUCCUCUAAACUUCCUGAUAAUAAUAAUAAAAACAACAUAGCAACUAAGCCAAAACUUAAAAAGCAAUAUCAAUGCCCUCAAUGUUCAAAAGUAUUUAAUAGACCUAGUGCUCUUCAAACCCAUUCUUAUACUCAUACUGCAGAAAAGCCUUUUAAAUGUUCAUAUCCAAAUUGUAGCCGUUCAUUUUCAGUAGUUUCUAAUCUUAGACGUCAUUUGAAGGUUCAUCAAAAGCCUUCUAUAAGUAGUAGACUUUCCUCUGAAGAUAGACUCCGUUGUGUUCGUCAAUUAAUGAAACAUAGUGAAGCGAUAUUAUCUAAUAAUAAAAGGCAACGAACGAUUGAAUCCACAGAUUAUCAUUUAAUUUUGCCUAAAUUAUCACCAGAAUUGCAGCCAGAGACGAGUAUAGAACAUGAGGGACACAUGUUGAAUUCAUUACUACAACCGCUAUUACCACAAGUGAGUACUAGAAAUAGUCAUGGCUAUCAACACUGUUUCGUUUUAUCUGAUCAUCAUCAAGACUAUCAUUCAUCUACAUUUAAUGAUUCAAUGUCUCAUGAGACAAAGUUUCUGAACCAUUCACCCGCUUUUACAUUACCUAAUGAUCAUCUCUUUUUAGACCUUCGUUUUUUAUAA